UGUUCUGUUUGAUCGGGCGGGCCACCUGUAUAAUAAUACCCUCUGGCCCAUGCCUUGGACCCGGUUUCCCGCAGGUCUGCAGCCAUGACACUCCCUCAAUACUCCCCGGUCUCUGGGUCCUGUUCCUCCUAGCACCCCAUGCAUUCUGUGACAAUAUAGCGACACUCCUUAGAGCCUCGGCUCCACGAUGCGUUCGUCUGUCCUUUCUAGGUCGCGUCUCCUGGCACUGACUGUUACCUUGUCCUCGAUAUCAUGUCUCGCCGCGGUCCUCAACAAGCCCGGGGCCAGGGGCAUGGCUCUCGGUCUCGAGGACUACAGCAGCCAACUGGCUGAGCGAGCCGAUCCGAGUCUCGUUGGAUACCUCGGGGCAUUUUUCCUCGGCGCCGACCCGUACGUCUACUUCUACCUCAGCAAUCGCAAUAACCCGGUCUCCUUCAGGGCCCUAAAUAAGGGGUCUCCCGUUAUGAAGCCGACGAAAGGGACCGGGGGAGUCCGCGACCCGGCCAUUGUGCAGGGCGGUGGCGAAGAGGCCGGGAAGAAGUGGUAUAUCGUCGGGACGGACCUGAACAUUGGCAAGACCACAUGGGAUGCCGCACAGAGGACCGGUUCCAGGGGCAUAUUCGUCUGGGAGAGCACCGACUUGGUCAAUUGGGUCGACGAAAGACUUGUGACCGUUGAGGAUGCGACUGCCGGCAUGGUCUGGGCUCCAGAGGCGAUUUGGGAUCCUGAAAAAGGCCAAUACAUGGUGUACUGGGCAUCCAAGUUUUACUCCGCCUCAGACAGUAGACACACCGGCUCCCCAUCCAACACCCGGAUCCGCUACGCCCACACAUCCGACUUCAAGGCCUUCACCUCCCCCCAGACCUACAUCGACUACUCCCCAACCGACAUCAUCGACCUAACGAUCCUCCCCCUCGCCUCCAACAACACCGCCACGAACCAGACCUUCAUCCGCUUCAUGAAAGACGAGACCCGCAAGACCGUCUUCGCCGAGUCCUCGACGACGGGCCUCCGCGGCCCCUGGACCCGCCCGGGUGGUCCCUCGGCGUCCAUCCAGAGCGGCGUCGAGGGCCCCGCGGCGUACCUCGACAACGAGGUCGAGGGGAGGGUCCACCUGCUGCUCGACUUCUACGGCGGCGAUGGGUACGCGCCCUAUGAGAGCGAUGACCCCGCCAGCAACGCUGCCUGGAAGGCUAGCGACCGGACGGCGUUCCCGAGGGACUUGAGGCAUGGGAGCGUGCUGCCUGUUAAUCAGACGCUGUAUGAUGCGCUGGAUGCGAGGUGGGGGUGAGGGGGAGGCGUAAGGCUGGAGGGAAAUUCGGAAAUUGGGCUCGGGGAAAGAAGCAACUUCUCGUUGUGGUAUGGCGGUUGUACAUACGUAUAGGAGAGGAUACCUUCUCUCCCCACGUGGCUCAAAACCCCAAGGGCCGCUUUUUGGUCGACCAGGUUUCAGACCGCAUCACCUUUG